CAGUUUGACGUCUUGUUGCUCCUUCGCUCCGGCGCCACUAGCCGCCACCACGCCAAGCAAUCGCAAGGAACGCGGAACCUCACCUUGACGUCGACACAGCCAGCACCUGUCUGCACCCAUCACAACCCUCUGCCCCUACGCCGGGACCGAUCCAACCACAUUACGCCUACCUCAGAUUCGACCCGCGAGCCUGCAGACCACCAUGAACUCCGUCCGCGCCGCGACCAGCGCCUCGCGCACCGCCCUCACCGCUUCGGCUCGCACAGCAGCUCCCCGCCGAGCCUUCUCACAGUCACAAACGACGCGCUCAGGUCACGGACCUAGCUACGAUCCCCCAUCCGGAUGGCUCUUUGGCGUCAAGCCCGGCGAGCAGUAUGAGAAGGAGGGGUGGGAGAACGCCAUGUACUGGGGCUUUGGAGGAGCGUGUGCGUUUGGCGUUGUUGCCUACGCUUUCAAGCCGGAUACUAGCAUCCAAACCUGGGCCCUAGAGGAGGCGCGACGAAGACUCGAAGCCGAGGGUAUUCUCGCAGACCCAGACACCGUCAAGAAGGAGUAGACGACACCUUCAGCAAGUCAAGUGA